GUAUUUUCGUCUGCCGUAAACAAACAUGGCUUAUUCUGUUAACAUAUCUGUUGAGGCUCCUAUUGAAAAUCAGAUACAGGAAAUAUCAUAUGAUGGGCAGGAAAUCUAUCAGAGCCCCCUCUCUAUGUCAGAGAACCUUGCGAAAUUGGCUCAGAAAAUUGAUUUUAGUAAAACUGCUGUGGAUGACUUGAAGAAAGACAAUGGAGAAAACUUGGACAAAAGCGACGAAGAGUCGUCUGCGAAAGACCCAGUCAACUACCAGUCUUCUUUGUGGCCAUGGGACUCUGUUAGGAACAAAUUAAGGAAUGCCUUAACAGAAGUCUGUGUUUUGCAUGAUGUAUUGGUCAUUGCUAAAGAAAAACGUUAUAUGGUUCUUGACCCAGUUCCACAAGAAAACAUAGAGACAAAGGCAAUGGUGCAAGUGUACGCAAGAAAAAAGGCCUUAGCAGCAGCAGCAUCAGUUCUUUUAACUGGUGCCGAAAGACUGAGAACUUCACAGAGCGAACUGGUGCGAAAUAGAAAUGUUCCUGAUUUUCACAUAGAGCUUCUAAGACUGAGACAGAACUGGCGGCUGAAAAAAGUAUCAAAUUCUAUAAUUGGAGACUUGAGCUAUAGAACAGCUGGUUCCAAAUAUGCACAAACGGGGAUGUUUGAAGUAACAAAAGCAGAAGAAGAACCACAGCAAGGAACAAGUCCUCCAUCAUCCCCAGGAACAGGACCCUUACCAAAGCCAAGUUCAGCACUGCGUGUCACAGUGCCUAGUGAGCUUCAAGGCGUCGCAUAUAUUGAAGUACUGUGUCAGAAAGAUCAAGAAGAUUUGUGCAGUGCUACAAUUAACCUACUUGGGUCAGGACCUACAAGUACAAAUGCUGAUGUCCACUGGCAACAAAAGCUAGAAGCAGCACAGAAUGUCUUGUUUUGCAAAGAGCUCUUUAAUCAGCUAGCUAAGGAAGCUGUGCAGCUUCAAGCACCUAUUCCACAUAUGGUUGUUGGAAACCAAAUUAUGGCUAACGUGCUGCCAGGCAUUCAACUGAUUAUUGGCCUGUGCCAUAACACAGGAACAGACAAAAAACCUGCUGCUGCUCCACCACAAAAGUCAGAACAUGAUCAUGUGUUGGAGCAUUCCUUACAUCAGUUGUUACGUGAAGUUCACCAUCGUAACACCCACCAUCCAUUUCCACAUCCAGCAUCUGGCCCUCUCGGACCCAGCAAAAGGAGAGCUCUUGCUGGUCCUACUGCUGCAGAUCGUCAUGAGCUGCAGGAGAUGGCAAAAUCGCAGACUCUUUUGGAGCAAAUAAUUCAGCAAGCUCAACACUUCUUCAUGCGUCUGCGGACAGAAUAUGUAUUGGACACUAUUGCAAAAGAAGUGAAGGAUCCACUCAUUAUAUCACACUGGAAUGCUUUAAAUUCUCCGACUCAGUCAUGUGUAAAAAUAAACAUUAUGACUCAUGGGUAUGACGCAGUUUGCCGGACUUCUCUCAUUGUGCAUGUGGGAGAGAAGUCUCUCAAAUGUGUCUGUCGUGAUGGCCGAGUAAUGCACAUGUCGUAUGAGCCCCAGGAGUUACGUGACCUUAUUUUCUGUCAGAUUUAUCAGCAUCAGAUAGCUGCAGUGCAGAGCCUGGCGAAGCGCAUGGGCUGGCAGUUCUUAUCUAAUAGCUCACACCUCGGACUUGGUGCUGUGGAGCCUCUAGGAAAUGCUAGUAGCUGCAUUCUCGCCUCCCCAAUUGGAGACAGGAUGAUUGCUGUAAGAUGUGAACCACAGACAGGAGUUCAGGUUUCUAUUGCACAAUCACCAAGAAAAGACUUCUUCCCUGGCCAGUUGGUGAAAGAGCGGAAGUGGGAGAACUUGGGAGGUAGCUUCAAAGAAGUAAGAUGGGACAAGAUGGAAGGAAAGAACUUCCUUAACAAAAUGGAGCUCCUCAUGGCCAGUCUUACAAGUUCCUAGGUCCUACCGAUGUGUUUUACUGACAUUUCUGUUAUGCAUCCUGAUCCUGCUGAACACAAACAUUUGUACUUCUUUUGAUGUUCAGCUUUCGAUCUGUGAGGGUUCAGUGAAACAAAAGAAAGGACUCUUCUUGAAAUGACUUUUUAUGGAUUAAUUUUUAACUCAGUCUUCUUUUGGAAAAAUAGAAGACCUUAAGAGUGUGUAAAAUGAGAGAUUUCAAUUGAUUUUAAUCGGCGUCAGAAAUGCAAGGUAUCACUAAGUUAUUGUACACAAGACAUUCCAUACUCUGUGCAGUUUUUGGGAAUUGUAUAAGAUGUUUCUACUAGUGCUGUCUCCUUGUCAAAACUAUUAUUGACAUUUUUGGAGUUUAUGAGUUCCUUUUCAGAUAUACACAUAUUUAUUCAGUGUUCAUUUGCAUAUUUUGGCAAAAAAUGACUUUGUAAGAGUGAAUUUCUUAUGGUUGUUAAGUAAAGAGUAAUCAGUGUAGUAGUCUUGUCUUGCAAUUUAUCACAAUUUGGAUUCUGAUGUGUAGAGUGUAAAAUGAUGAAGAACUUUUUCAAUAGAGAACAAGAGGUUAGUUUUGCUCUCCUAUUUUUGUGCACUCAAACAUUUAAGGUUUGUGUUGAUUGAUUGAGUAUUGGUAACAGCAAUGCAAUUCAAGGUAUACAGAAUGCUUACUAUUUGUGAUGUUACUGAGAAAUUAGGUGCAGUAUGAAAUUGUGAUAAAUUAACACUGAAGUUGUAAGAAUUAAACAUGAUUAGCACUAUGCGUCAGAAACAGAGGGGACAAAUGAGCAGAAAAAAACUUUUCAGCUGAUGUUUGUGGUGUCAUUAUGCCAUUGCUUUGAAGCUGAGGGGCUCAUAUUUUGUGUUCUGUGUAGACAUAUUACAUUUUUGACAGUAUUGUGUGUCGCCAUCUAUGAUUGCAUAGCUGAUGUCUUUUGUUAGUCAAAUAUCCUUUGCUUAGUUACCUUAUGUCACAGUGUGUAUCAAUUGAGUGGCUACAUUUUCUGUAACUAAUCUGUAUCUGCUCAUUAGCACAAUAACAUUUCAACAAUUUUGUGACUUCUUUCACAAUAUAAAUACAUCCUUUGGCUUCAGUUUGUUUUGUUCUUUUACAUUAUUAUUCUUUCUAUCUCAUCUUUCAUUUUGUGUUUGCUGUUAAUACAGUCUACUGCCUGUCUUCUCUUUUGAAGACAUUGUUGACAUAGCACAGUUCUGUUAGUUGUUUUAGGUUGGUAGACACAUCAGACUAUAAUUAUCAUAGAAAUAUUGGUAUGUUUUGCUCUUGUUAUCGGAGUCAAGAAUGAAAGCAUUGCUUAAAAUUUGGUUGACUAAACCACUGUUAUUUCCAAUCAUUGCUCUUGGAAGUCAUUACAAGCAAUAUUUAAAAGAUCUUAAGUGAUUGGAACCAUUUCUUUCUUUCAUGUUUCUGGCUGCUUACAGUAUUCAGACCCUCACUUAACAGGACACAGGUGAAGAUAAGACUGAUAUAGACGAUUUGCAGUUUAAAAAUAAAGAACCAUAUCACCUGAGCUGGGGGCUAUCAUCCAAUAAUUUACAAGAAAUUGUGAAAUUAUGCUGACCAAUAGUCUCACUGCACAAGAGCUACAAGAUGGAGACGUUUAUGGUAACACAUUUUGUCAUCACAACCAGAUACUGAUGAUCAGUAUUGCUUCUGGAUAUGACAAAUGAAAGGGGGCAGAAGCAGAUUUUUGUACUGCACUGUGGUAUUUGUUUUGAACAGCUAAAUAUUUUUUUAUAUUGCUUAGGGUGUAAAUGACUUGGUAAGUUGGCUCACUGUAGUAUAACCCAAAUAAUGGGCAUUGAAUGCAGUUGGUGUUCAGUGAUAUACCUAUUUUGUGAGGUGACACAGUUCACACAAAAAAGUUUUAUGUUUCAUGCAAUGUGAUUGUUCUUUUGUAUAUACGAAAGAUAUUUAGGCAUUUAAGUUGUAAACAGUAACAUUGUAUUUACUCGAAUGAAUUUUCCUUCGUUAAAUUAUGUACUGAACAUAUGAAAUUGUUUUCAUUUUAUUCUGUAAAAGCUAUAGAUAAGAUGUGCAUUUAUCUUACAUUUGUGGAUAAUUUAUAAGAAUGAAAAGUACAAUUGCAUUUGAAUUGACUGUUUGAGUGAUAUGCCAACAAAAAUUGUGGCACAGAUAUGCAACAUUUUAACAUAGAGAGAAACUGAGUUUAAAUGACGUGCAGCAUGAAAUAUGUAUAGUAAAAAUAAGCUGGGUUGGAUGAAAAAAAAAAGAAAAA